AUGCCAAGGUUCAAUGAACUAUGGAAGACAUUGGAGCAUUGUGUAGCAUCCUACCAAACUUUGGAAGAGACCAACUCAUCAAUCACUGAACACUUUCAACAGUUGCUCAAGUUGAUCGUGGCCCAAGAGCACCAGGCCAAGAAGACAAUCAAUGAGAAAAAGGAACUCAUUCAAUCAACUAUCAACAACAUAAUCAAAGAGACCAACAAUAUCAAUCACAUCAUUGAUCCAUCAUUAUCCUCACUCUCGUCCAACAACAACAACAACAAUGAUGAAGAUGAUGUGUCUCAGAUGAUAUCAUUAUUCACCUCAUGCACAUCUGUUGAUCAGUUCAUCAACAACUCAACCCAGAUUACACUGGCCAAUCAAUCAUCGAAGGCUGAAGAUGGCACUAGUGACCAUGAACUGUUGUCAAUGAUCAUCAAUCACAUCAAACACACACAACAAGUGCCUUAUGAUGACCAAUUGAGAUCGACUAUUGUAGCAAGUCGUGUCAACACCGAUGCUGUCAAGCUCAAUGAUAUCAAGAAACAGUUGGAAUCAUGUUUCAAACUGAUCAAUGACAAAGAAGAAGCACCAAAGGUUGUUGCUAAAGAACCUAUACGCCCUGGACACAUCCUCUCAUUGUCCUCAACAAGGAGCCCUAUGCUCUCACUUCAAACAAUGCAAUGGACACAAUCAGCAUUUGCUUUCAAAACAAAUGGUCGAGAGUUCAUUGCUUCUGUCAUGACAGCCUCUGUCUUUGCUCGUAGAAGCGUCUAUUUGUUUGGAGGCUCCUCUGCAUUUGGCAUAUACACUCGUCUGUCUUUGGCAGACAAUCAACUCCAUGAAGCACCAAUGGAUGGUAUCGCCCCAGCCAGAAUGAUCACCGCGUGUUAUGAUGGAGACAAGAACAUCUACCUCAUCGGUGGGUUUGACAUCCACGACCAUUUCAUUAAUCGAGUCGAUUGCUUGAACAUUGACACCCAACAGUUCAGUCAUGUUGGAUCACUUCUCCAUGUUGUGGGCGAAGCCGCGGUAUACUUCAACAAGGGCAAGCUAAUUAUACUAGGUGGAGAGACAUCCCCUCACUAUCAUCUAGUCCGUAACAUUAUCUCGUAUGAUGUCAACACACAGGCCACCGAGGUGCUAGCCCAUGCCAUCCUGAACAACCCCGAUGACCCAAGUUGCUUUGAUGGUGGUGACAACAUCUACAUCCUCACCGGUGAAUCAUUCAUCAGAUUCACCCUGUCAACUAGAGAGACUGCCAUUCUUACCAGGAAGGAAGAUCCUCCAAUCAAUCCAAAGAAGAGAUCUAGAUUGUUCUAUGAUCCAUCACUCGGCAUCAUCAUUGUCGUCAAGGUAGCAGUUCAAUCAUUGGUCGAUCUCUCGAUAUCAGUCUAUUCCAACUCUGCACUACGCAUCAACAUCUUCUCAAAGCUGUUGGAGAUCAUACAGUCGCCACUCAUCUACCGCAAGGCAGUGGUGCGCGCAGCUGUCUCGGCGCUGGGCGUCAUCGUCUGCCAUGAAGAGUCGCUCGUCAAUCAGACGAUAACAUUCCUCGCCAAGAUACUCGAGUUCAAGGGCGAGAACCUACAAUAUCUCAAGCGUGUCUGCAUUGGUGCGCUAGGUCGCAUUGGACGUCGCUAUCCAGUCUAUCAGAACACAUUGCUGAUACCGAUGCUCGAGCGUUACUUUGACGCCAACAUCUCGAGUCAAGACGUGGUCUGUGCCAUCCUCGUCACAUUCGGUCGCUUCUCACAAACCAACUCUGAGCUGCGAGUCAUGUGCAUGUCUCGUUGGCUUGAAGCCAUCGACAACACCCAUCACCUCUUCAAGUCAGCAGGUAUCCAUUCCCUCGGCUAUGCAUCAUGUCCCACCGCCAACGUCGUCAACGACAAAGAGAUAGAGGCAUUGUGUUACAGCAAGGCUAUUGGAUUGUUACAGUAUCACAAGAUGGAGGACUACAAGGGCGACGAUGAGAGCGACCCUUGGAAGAAGGAAGAGGUCUACCAAGUGCAGGUGGCCGCCACAAAGGCACUGGGCCUGCUGGCACGCUCAAACCCCAACGAAUGGCUACCCAAGCUCGCCAAGAUCUUCAAAGCUAUCCUCUCAUCACCACGCUACCAAGGUGCUGUCAAGGCAGCCGUUCUCUACAUCUAUGGCCAGGUAACCUACUACCUCAACUCAACCUCAUCCCCAUACUUCACGCCACUCAAAGUGCUACUCUUUGAGCUGUCAGCCGAUGACAACCCAACAGUAUCUGCGCCAUCCUGUUACGCACUGUCCAAGUUUGGCCUAUCCCAUGAGACCAACUACCUCGAGGUAAAGACUAUCCUGCGCAUGAAGAUAGCAAACAUACAGCAAGCCAAGCCUGAGACAUUGGUGAACUAUUUGAAGACUUGGUGCAAGAUCGUUUCAAAGACAUAUAGACCCAUACUCAAUCAAUGUAGUUCAAUCAUCAGUCCUCUGUACGCUGACCUGUACAGCAUUGACUCAAACCUUGCCAAGCGUCUGCCUCUGCUCAAGAACAAGAUGCCCAUUGGAAUGCCCCAUGGCGUACGACCGCCCAAGCUCCAGGACCACAUGGGCUUGCUGGAGACCGCCUUUGGCAACUACCAGCAUCUCCAGAACCUGUGCCACUGCUUCAGCCCCGUCGUGACACAGGCCAUCCUCACGCUGAUAAAGAAGCCAGCACUAUUCGAUCACAAUGGCUUCCGCAAGGCAUUACGCGACAAGAUCCUCAUUCAGAGGAACAAGGGAUUCAUGCUGACGGGCGAGGAGAACUACGAACCUGUUCUGAAGGAGCUGAGUCUAGACAUAUCCAAGCGCAAAGCAUUCAUCCAGGUGCUGAAACAGCCUGAGCUCCUACUCGACAAGCCCAGGCCAGAGAAGCCCAGGCAGCAACAAGAACAGCAGCCACAGCAACAACAACAGUCUAUUGUCAUUCAGAUGCCCGCCAAGUCAUUGCAGUUCAAGCCACAUGCAUCCAUCGUCAGACAGAAGGCAGCCAAACAAGAUACCCCUGCCACAUCCUCCACCAGUCAGCCGACCCCGCCCAGUGGUCGCUCACGUCCAUUCUGGCGUGAGGAGGAGUAUGUUGGCAGCUCGAUGGAGCAACGUCCAAUGCCCACCUCACCAAGAUCAGUUGAUUCGAUCACUGGUCUCGUGAACAGACCUUCAUCAUCACCAGCACUACUGUUCGCCCCUCUUGAGCAAAUCCCCAUGACGCCACCUUCUGAGGAUCAGCAACCAAUCACAUCACUGUUUGCCCCUCUGCCCUUGAUCAGUACAGAGUCCUCAUCAGCGACAACAUCGACAACCCCUACCUCUUCACUGUUCACUCCACUCGCGCCAAUUGAAGAUACAUCAUCAACAUCCAACGCCUUCAAACCAUUGCCACUCAUAGAUGAAACUCAAUCAUCACCCUUGACUAUCCAAGACCAGGACCAUGAUCCAUCAGCUGUCCAGGGCAACGACAAUGACCUUGAUAUCGACAACAACAAUGAUGGUCAUGAGCAAGAUCAAGAACAUGAAGAUGGCGACGCGGUGAUCAUAACAUCUUCAUCAGACACAGAGGACGAUGACGAUGAUGAAGAGGAUGACGAGAUGACAUUGACCAUCGAUGAUGAUCAAGGAGGAGACAAGUCAACACAAACUAGCACAACGACAAACACGAUACUUGGAAAGCGAUCAAGAUCACUAUUGGACCAUCUGGAAGAGGACAGCACACUUGAGAACAGUCCAGAUGCCAUCAUCGCCAGAGAGUUGGCCAAUGAGACAGACCCACAGAGGAUCAAGACCAUCAACAAGAAGCUACAUACGUUUGAGAAGGACUUCAAUAAGCGUAUGGCCAAGCUGCAGGCAGGUGGCGCCAAGAACAACACGGCCAUUGAGUACCAAAAGGCCAACUACCCAGCUCAGAAAUUGUCCAAGUUCAAGAAGACACUCAAGCAUCUCAAGAGGAAAGAGACAAGACUAGCCAACCGCAUUGCUCAAGGCAAGUUGUCCAAGAAUGACAAGAAGAAUCUUCAACAUCAGCCACAACAACAGCACAACAACAACAACAACAACAACAAUCAGAUGCAGACAAAGCAACCAAAGCAGCCCAAACAGACAAAGCAACAAAAGCAACAGAAAUCGAGCAACAAGAAGCAGAGGACAGAGCCUAAUAACCUCUAUGUUGGAAUCAACUUUGAAGACAGACCUCGAGUCCAACCCAUUUGUCAGUUCUACUCACUUGGCAUGUGCAACAAAGGUGCCGAGUGUACCUUCCGCCACGAAGGUCCGAUCGAAGAGCGCAAAGUUGGUGCAUGCAAGUUCCUCAAGAUGGGCUCCUGCCUCAAAGGUGCCGAAUGUCCAUUCUCACAUGACCUCAAGCAAGAACCAUGCAGGUUCUUCAAUCUACCAAUUGGAUGCACAAAGAAGGAUGAUUGUCCUUAUGGUCACUUCAUAUCGCCAGAGUUCCAACAAAAGUUGAAACAAGAAUCGAUUGAGUAUCAUAACAACAAGCAACAACAACUUCAACAACAGCAGCAAUAUCCUCAGUCACAUGAUCAUCAACAACAACUUGGAGUUCCUCCUCAGACACAAACACAUACUGCCGACGACAACAUAUAUAGUGACAUGAGUAUGAAUGACAUCAGAGGUGGAGGAGGUGGACAUUAUAUGCCACCUACAACCAUGGUCACAAGUGCCAUUCCAACUCUGCCAAUGUCACCAGUCAACAACAUGUUGCUGCCUCCUCACUUGCCAAUCAUGUCAACUCCAAUACCAUCUACAUCUACAACUACCACUUCGACUACUACAACCAACCAACCACUUAGACCAGUUAGCUCACCGGUCACUACUACCACACCAACAGUGCCAGUAUUCUACAAGAGAAUAUAA